GUUGUAUACUCGUGGAACCGCUUACUUCUAACUAAACGCAAAAUGUCUGAUACAUCUAGCGAUACUGUAGACACAAAUGUCGAUGAAUUCGCUACCGCUGAAGAAUGCGUAGCAAAAGCUACUUCUUAUAAGGCAUCCGGUAACGAAUCCUUUAAAGCUGCCGAUUUUUCAAAGGCUUCCGAACAUUAUGAGAAUGGUAUAACAUGGCUCAAGAAGAUCCAAGAACAUAACGACAGUCAAAAGGAAUUAUUAAGUGUCCUAUGCAGCAAUUUAUCUGCUUCAUAUAUCGAAACUUCCGAUUAUAUUAAAGCAAGGGACAUGGCUACAGAUGCUAUAAAGUGGAAUGAAAAUAACAAGAAGGCAUACUAUCGUAGAGCUAGAGCAUAUUUUAACACAGGAUCACUUGAUGAAGCGUUGAAUGAUUGCAACCACCUAUUGAAAGAGGAUCCGAACGAUGGAAAUGUAAGAUCACUACUUGCUCGUGUGAAUGAAAAAUUGAGAAUCGCUAAAAAGGAACAAAAAAAGGCCUUUGGAGGAUUAUUCGACAAAGUUGGGGGAUUGUACGAUGAUAGACAAUUGGAGAUGCAAAAUAAAAAGCAGAAAAAAUACGCAGAUUAUACCAGGGAAAAACGGGAAAAAGGUGAAACUGAAAUGGAUUUUGAGGCCUGGGAAAAGCACGAACAAGAGGAAGAGGCAAAAAGAGAAGUUGAGAGGACCAAAAAGGUGAAGGAAGAAGACGAAAAAACAACAAAGAAAUCGGUAGAUGUUGAUGAAACACCCGAAUUCGAUGAAGAGGAUGAAAAAAUUAUCAGCGAAACAAAGAAAAUGGGAUACUGCUACUUCGGUAAACAAAGGUCCGAUAUUGAAAAAAACUCUAGCCAAACAGCGGCUACAAGUACAGUUAAUGUGGCACCCCAAAAAGUUGACGUGAACUCCAAGGAUCAGGAUUACCUGAAGCGUUCCAUAUCCUCAUGGAAUUCUCAAGGUACCACCUACGAGGAAAAGGAUAUGACAAGUUGGUGCAAAAAGAAGUUUGAAGAAUAUAUAAUGGGCGCUUCUUAUACCAAUGAACCAAAUGUAGAGGGAAGCAAAAAUAUAGUGGAAAUGUUUAACGAUAUCAACUUGGACAAUCUUGAUAGCGAAAGUGACAUGAACAAAUUGCAAAAACUUGCUGGAAUGAUGUAUAAAAGCAGUAUAAAACCAACAUCUGUGGAAGGAGUUGACGGUGACGCACAGAUAGCCUUUAUCCGGGGAACAAGACGUUAUCUGUUCGAUCUUAGUUGUACUCUAAACGUAGAGAUAACCAUAGAUACAAGCGUAGGAUCAGGUCCAGCAGCUGAUAGUGCAGAAAGCUCUCAUAUUUCAAACUAUAACGGAGUUUUGACAUUGAGGGAGAUAUCCAGUGAGAAAGAAGUAGGAAAAACAUGGAAGGAUUACAUAACUGUCAAGUACAAGUCAACAAUAAAACCGGAACAUUCUGAACUCCUAAAGGAUAUGAUGGAAAAAUACAAAUCAAUUGUUUGCGACAAGAUUGACGAAUUCUUAUCCGAAUACCAAAUGCAGUAG